AUAUCUGAAUUGGUCACAUACUGCAUAAUUUGUCGCUUACAAAGUACUUGGGUGUUGUUAAUUUCUCACUUUGAGCAGAGAACGUUAAAACCCUAAAAGGCUUGAAGAGAAUUAUAGUAGCAAAUUUGUAAACGAACAGAGCUUCAAAGCUUAUCAUGCAAAUGGCUGGGCAGUGCAAGUACUCCUGCGAGACUGCUGCCGAGACUUUCCAAUGGAUCAAAGCGAUUGUGGAUUUCUUAAAACCUUUCACCUUCUUAAUAAGCGCUCACGUCGUCAAUUUCUUCACCGACAAACUCUGGGAAGCCGUUGAUAAAGAUUGGAUUGACAGUCUUCGCAAUGAACCUAUCGAAAAUCUUCUUCUCAUUCCCUCCGGGGUCGUCCAAGACCACUGGCCUGAUUCACUUAAAGAGUUUGUUCUUACUUUGAAGUCUCUCUUGCUUCCUAGAGAGCAAGCGGACUUAUACAAGGUAUUACCGGGAUGGCAAGUGACUUCACUUAGCAGUGUUCUUGCACAAGGCAUGAAUCUGAAGAAAAAACAUGAAGUGGAAGUUCUUUCUGCUGUGGUUAAUUUGGUAGCAAAUAGCAUUAGUGCCAAUACUAUAGUUGAUGUUGGUGCUGGCCAGGGCUAUCUUGCACAAGUUCUAUCUUUUCAGUUCCAACAUUCUGUAGUUGCAAUAGAUGCCUGUUCUCAUCAUGGAAAGGUUACAAAUGCACGUGCAGAACGAAUAAAAAAGCAUUAUUCAGCUCAGAUACGGAAGUUUGGAUCAGAAAACAGGAGUCUGAAUAUGCCCAAGACAAUUACAUGCCAGGUAAUGUCUAUUGACAUGCUGAGAGCUUUAACCAACAUGUCGCUACCUAAGGAUGAUGUUGAGCAGCCAAAGCUAACCGUGCAAGAUAAUAAAAAACUUGAUGAAAGAAAACUACAAACUUUAGGCAAUACAGAAAGUGAAACUUCAUUGGUUCUUGCUGGGCUUCAUGCUUGUGGAGAUCUAUCAGUAACAAUGCUCAAGACCUUUGUGGAGUGCAAAGAAGUCAAAGCAGUGGUUAGCAUUGGCUGCUGUUACAAUUUAUUAACUGAAGAAGGAUUUGACAUUGCUGGUUCUCUUUGUGGUUUUCCGAUGAGUUGUGGUGUUAAAUCUGCUAACUUUCCUCUUGGAAAAAAUUCACGUGAUCUUGCUUGUCAGAGUGCAGAGAGAUGGGGAAGUCUACAUAGAGAUGCAGGUGUUCAUAAUUUUGAGUUGCAUGCUUUUCGUGCUGCUUUUCAAAUGGUCCUUUCUAGAUCUUAUACAGAAGUAAUUAAAACAAGUCCUUCAGUUGGACGACAAGGCAAGGCAUUGCGCCGUCAACAACAAAGGAGGAUCUUGGAGUCCUGCUUACAAUGUGAACAAAGCUCACGUCCAUCUUUUAAUCAGAAACACUUUGACAUCACACGCACAACUGUGGAGAUCGGACAACCUAAAGCAGAUGACAAAUCAGCCUCAAUUUUGGACAAGGCUGCUGUAUCUCAUGGAAACUCUUCAUACAAGAGUAUGAGACAAGAAACUGCUGUUUGUACUGAUAAAUAUUUACUCUUUGAGAAAUUUUGCUUGUCUGGAUUAUGUCGCCUCGGUCUCAAACCUGUGGACAGCCAAAGUCUUUGUCAGAUAUGGGAUGAAGUUGAGCCCUUUGCUGACAUUAUAGGACCUUAUUGGUCUCUACGAGCUGCUUUGGGGCCUCUUUUAGAAACAUAUAUUCUGUUGGACAGAUUAUUGUUCCUCCAGGAACAAGGCAGUCAUCUGGAAGCAGUCAUGUUACCUAUAUUUGAUCCUGUAUUAUCUCCAAGGAAUGUGGCCGUAAUUGCUAAAAAGAAAUAAUUGUUGGCAUGGGUCUUACAAUGUAGCCUGAUAAAUGAUCAAAGGAUGUCCUGAUGAGGGAAUUGAGUUUUAUUCAUCCCGCAUGCAUAGAACUGCUUUUGGCAAGCAAGAAUUGUUAGCCGUAAACCUGAAAACCUUACUAUAUUAAUCAGGAAUGUUUAUAUUUGUAAGCUCUAUACAGGGUUUGUUGUUGGGCGGUUGUAAGAUCUCCAAAUGAAAUGCAAAUCAAAAGGAUUUUUCUUUGACAUUAUGAAUAUAUCUUGUGGAUUUUUCAGGUUCAGCAGUGAUGGACAUAGUGAGUGUUAUUGUAAUUGCAUUAUGUAAUAUGUUUUACUGUAGCAACUUGCUUGAACAUUUUUAUGAGAAAGAAAAUAGUUAUAUUUCUGUCA